UCAAAUUAAUAUUGUUUUUGUGCGCAAAGAGCUAAUCGAUAGGAAGUAGUGUGAUGGUUUGAAAGAAAAUAGCAAAUUGUAUAUGAAAUAAAAAUGGAUUUUAACGUUAAAAAAAUGGUGAAAGAUGCUGGUGCUGCGUUAAGCCGAGUUGUACAGCUAACUGAGGAAAAAUUGGGCACUUCUGAGAAAACGGAACUUGACGCCCACUUUGAGUACCUGUGGGAUAGAGCUGAAAACACUAAGAAUUGUACGGAGAAAAUUGUUCGUAAUACUGAGGCUGUAUUGAUUCCCAACCCUGGUAACAGAAUUGAAGAUUUCAUUUAUGAAAAGAUAGAAGGAAAAAGACCUUCAAGGCUCAGCAAUUUAGAAUACUUAGGCCUGGAUAUGGUAGAGGCAGGCAAUAUUUAUGGCCCUGGUACAGCUUAUGGGGGUACGUUGAUCAAAGUUGGGCAGCAUGAACAAAAACUGGGUCAAGUUGAAAGGGAUUUUAUUGGCUCUGCUGCUUUGUGUUUCACACAACCUUUGAGAAAGUUCCUUGACACAGAAGUUAAAACUAUUCUCAAAGAAAAAAGUCUUCUUGAAACAAAGAGGUUGGAUUUGGAUGCUUGUAAGAAUAGAGUCCGUAAAGCAAGAAGUAUGUUAGGCCACCAAUCAAAAGAUGGUAUUUCUCCUGAGACUCUAUUGGAGCAGGCUGAACGUGAUUUGAGAAUAGCUCAAUCAGAAUUUGAUAGACAAGCUGAGAUAACAAAGCUUCUACUUGAAGGUAUCAGCAGUUCACAUGCUAGCCAUUUAAGGUCUCUCCAUGAGUUUGUUGAAACACAGGCUCGUUUCUAUUCACAGUGCGCUACUGUGAUGACUGAUCUCCAAAAUGAGCUCUCUAACUUGAACACAAAACCGGGAGCAAGUUCUGAUAAUUCUCCUGUUCUAAAUGGCAGUUCUGGUAAUCCUAAAGAAAAUUUUCAAAUGGCAAAAGUAUUGUACAAUUAUGAACCAAAGGAUUCCUCUGAAUUGAAGCUUUAUGCUAACGAGGUGAUCAAAGUAACUGAAAUAUCUGGAAAGACUGAUGAUGACUAUAUGUUAGGAGAGAAAGGGCAACAGAAGGGCAAAGUUCCCAGAGCAUAUGUAGAGAUUAUUUCAUGAAUUUGUGAACAAAUUUCAUCGAAUUUUUCGUAGCUUUUAAGAUCAUUCCAACUUACUCUUGAUAUUUAACCCUUUUCUGGCUAACUAAAUUAGCCAUUAUCAACAUUCAAUAGUGAAAAAUACUCUUUACCUCUAAUCAAAAGCCUUUGAAGGUAUAUGAUGAAUCUUAAAUUUUUAAUUGUCACAAAUUUGAGACUUAAACUAUAUUUGCUGCUCACAAUGUAGCUUUAAAUGAUCAAUGUACUAUUGAUAAACUUGAUUGUUAUAUCAUCUAAGAUGCAAUAAUAUAGUCAAUUAGUAAUUUUUUGCUAUUUAUAUAGUAUUAUAAAUAACCAGGAAGUGAAUGUUCAUUCAUCUAUCCAUAUUUUACUCUUGUGAUGUAACCUAAAAUUCAAUCCUAAAUGUUUAGUUCUCCUUUCAUUCACUGCUGGUUCAUAAAGUAUUGUUAUUGUAUCAAUAUUGUUAACAAAUGAAAAUAUAUAUCUAUGAAAUAUA